CCCUCUCAGUGCUCCAACUCUAAGGAUACAAAGAGGCACCAGAGCUCAGUGGUGCUGAAGAUCGCCAGUGUUUUUUCCUUCCUUAUUUUGGAUGCCGGUUUGCCAUUUGAAGAUGGACCUUCGUGUUGCUAGCAUCCUCCUGCUGCUGGUUGCCUUGACAGCAGCCCAUGGAGAGAGAUACGUGGUGAAGAAGGUGGUGAAGGCCGCCCCUCAGUACCAGCCCUACUCCGUCAAGAGCCAGGCGGUCGCAGGUGAGCCUGGAGCCCCAGGUGAGCCUGGCCCCGAGGGCCCCGAAGGGCCUGCUGGCCCCCCAGGUGAGAGCGCUGAGGGUAUGCCCGGACCCGAGGGCCCCCCUGGACCCCCUGGCCCUUCUGGACACUCCAUUGCUGGCAAGCCUGGAUCCGCAGGUGGACCUGGAAAGCCUGGCAUCCCUGGAGCUCAUGGCGAGAAGGGAGACACUGGCGCCUCCGGGCCCCAGGGACCCCGCGGCAUGCCCGGCCCAUCUGGUAGCCCCGGCCCCUCUGGUCUGUCCGCCACUGGCAAGCCUGGUGCGUCCGGCCUUCCAGGAGCCAACGGAGCCAGAGGAGAGACCGGUCUUAAGGGACACCCAGGUGUACCUGGCCUGACCGGCCAGAAGGGAGAUAGAGGGGUGGGAAUUGUUGGACCCCAGGGUGAGACAGGAGCAGAGGGACCCGAGGGUCCCACUGGAGCCCCCGGUCAGUCCGCUGUAGGUAAGCCAGGAAAGCCAGGUAUGAGCGGUGAGCCAGGAAAGCCCGGCAGCUCAGGUAGGGACGGUGCCGCCGGCCCCGUGGGACCCCAGGGACCCAAGGGACACACUGGUGCCCCCGGUAUCGGUAUGGCAGGCAAGCCAGGUGAGAAUGGUGCCCCAGGCAUGCCUGGAUCCGUCGGUCCUAAAGGCCACACCGGACCCGCCGGAGCCACUGGUGCUCCUGGUGUCCCCGGCUACGGAAAGCCAGGUGCUAACGGAGAGAAGGGAGCAGUUGGAGCCACAGGUAGCACAGGUAGCACUGGUCAGAAGGGAGAGCAGGGAGCCAGCGGACACACCGGCGCUACUGGUUCCUCUGGACCAACUGGCCCGACCGGCGCACAGGGCUCCAGAGGUUUCCCAGGGGAGAGCGGCGCCGUCGGCCCCAAGGGUGACGCAGGUGCCAGCGGAGCUCAGGGACCUAAGGGAUACAAGGGAGAUCAGGGUCUGCAGGGAUUCCAGGGAAAGCAGGGUUAUCCAGGUGCCGCCGGCCCCACCGGCCCCAGAGGAGCCACCGGUGCUCAGGGAAACAAAGGUGACCUCGGCGCCCCUGGCGCGUCUGGCAGCAACGGUGUCCCCGGCCCCGCUGGACCUAAAGGUCACCCCGGCCGCGCAGGCGAGAACGGUGCCUCCGGCGCUGAUGGUGCCCCCGGCUCCAGAGGACCCGCUGGGCCUUCUGGUGCAGUCGGCGCUCCCGGCCUGAAGGGACAUCCCGGUCUUACCGGUGCCCCCGGCCCCGCUGGCCUGACCGCCAAGGGCAUUCCCGGCCCCCAGGGUCCCCCCGGCCUCCCCGGUGACAACGGAAACGAUGGAUCCGAGGGUCCCGCCGGCCCCCCCGGCCCUCCCGGCCCCCCUGGCGAGGUUGUGUUUGAGAAGAGCAAGGGCAUGGGCAUGGGCGAGGUCAUGGUCAAGUCCCCAAUGUCCGCCUUCACCGUGUCUCUGGUCACCCCUUACCCAGCUGCUGGCACUCCUAUCAAGUUUGACCAGGUUGUGUACAACGCCGAGAACCACUUUGACACCGAGACCGGCAUGUUCACCUGCCAGGUGCCCGGCGUGUACUACUUCUCUUACACCAUCCACGUGAACGGAGCCAACGCUCUGGUGGCUCUGUACAAGAACGGCCAGCCCGUCAUGUUCAGCUACGACGAGUACAGCAAGGGCUUCCUGGACCAGAUGUCCGGCAGCGCCGUCCUUCUGCUCGACGAGCAGGACACAGUCUACAUGCAGAUCCCCGACGACGAGGCCAACGGUGUCUUUGCCGCAGAGAACGUGCACUGCUCCUUCUCUGGGUUCCUCAUUGCCUCCACGUGAUGGGAGAAUACAAGCACUGGCGCAGGGUUCCCCUAAAGCCACACAUCUGAAUUUGCCGUCUAUUUCUCAAAUUAUAGCACCGACUCGCUGUUUUGGUUUCCUCAGCCCAACAUGGGCAGGUAGUUGAGUGUCUUCUUUGAGAAAUGGUAGCAUAUCAACUUGAAAACACACACAAGAAAAGGGUGCUAGGAAGAAGGAGAUUUAAUUUAUGAAAACAGGUUAUCAGGGAUAGGGGAAGCAAUCCACAGUUACCAGGGAACUUUUUGCAAUGGAAACAGCAUGUGAAAAUUAAGGUGUUGUGUCCUGAUUAUUUCUUUCCCAAUCUAAUUCUUUUUUUUUUCUACGGAUUUCAACUGUUGUUUCUUAUAUUUGUGUUUGUCUUUUGUGAUUUUCGCACAACUUUUUUUUUGGGUGACCAAUAAUCGUAUUACAGUACACAUAGUUUUCCUGUGCAAAAUGUUGUACCUGUUGUCUGUAUGUGGCUUGAAUAUUGUGAAAUGAUGAUGGUCAAAUUGACUGUUAUAAUGAGACAUGAUAUCAGACACAAACAACAGUUUCCUUCACAAUUGUUCAACAUCAUUGUAACCCUAAAAAUGCAUUAUGUCAUGUAAAGCAUGAUGGCCAAAAUAAAAGAUGACUAACUAAACA